CCGGCUUACUUUGAGAAUUGCCAUUUCAGUUGUUAUUCGUGUGUUGUGCUAGGAUUUCUUCACUGUCUAGCUAGUGGUGAGGAAGUCAUCUAUAACCAGUGUUCAAUUAAAACCUGUUAUUCCUACUCCUUAUGUAGAUUAAUAUUAUAUUAGAGUUUUUAAAAUAUCAUAGUGAAAAUAGUGAAUAGAAAACAAUAAUAAGAUGGCUUCCACUGCACCACCAGCAUCAGUACCCCCACCACCACCGCCUCCAUCGUCAGCCCCCACUGCUGGCAAAGGAUUUCCUAGCAAAAUAUACAAUGCCUUAAUUGGCUCAGUGGACAAGCAUGUCCCAGAAAAGUUGCGGCCACUGUGGCAGCAUCCAGCUGGGCCUAAAACUGUUUUCUUCUGGGCGCCACUUUUCAAAUGGACGCUUGUCAUUGCUGGUCUUAGUGACUUGGCGCGACCGGCCGAGAGUCUUUCGGUACCACAAUGUGCCGCCCUCGCAGCGACCGGUAUCAUCUGGUCGCGUUACUCGCUGGUCAUCGUUCCCAAAAACUACAGUCUGUUCUCUGUCAAUUUAUUCGUUGGCUUGACACAGAUCAUUCAACUGAGUCGCGCCUACAUGCACCAAAUGGAAAAGAACAAAUUGGCAGCCACCGAAGGGCAACAACCAGCUAUUGCUGCUGCUGCUACUACAGCUGAAAAGAAAACUGAGUUGUAAUUGACCAAAGCAGCUCGAUUUGUACAUACAUAUGUAUAUAAUAUUCAAGUGUAUAUAAUGUGAAUAUGAAUCGGUCGCAAGCUUACUAUUUCAUAUAAUUAGCGAUAAUUUUUCGACUUUUGUUGUUAAUGAGCAGACGAACAAAAUCCCAUAUGUACAUACGUACUCAAAUUAUAAAAAGCGAGCGGAAAAAUAUUACACGUCAAACGUCGGCAAUAAAAAAAUAACAAAGAUAAAAUAGACAAGUUAUGUAUUGUAUAAAAAAUUGGUAUAAUUUGAGGUUGAAAAUACCCUGCAGGGAAAAUACUCGCUAGUACCGAACUAUGUAGUUCGCGUUCGUUAUCUUACCCAUAUAAGCAACUGAAUAUCAUUAAACGGUACAAGCAAACCAGUUUUAAAUAUUUUCUCAUAAUGAAUAUUUAUUAACAAAUUUACUCUUUAUAAAAUUAAAUUGGAACAUAUUUAACCACCCAACCCAAUUUGAACAAACUACUUCACGAGUGACUCGACGCCUGUGCUGUAAUAUGCCAAUAGUGAUAGAGUACAAGAUUAUAUAGAUAAAAGAGAAAAAAUGAGCGCAACUUUGCCGUAACGCAAGUGUAGAUAAUGUGUGUGAAAGAACUAAGAAGAGGGUGUCAAAAAAGCGUAGUUUCAGAAACAAAAACGCAAAAUGAUGUUAGGUUUAGAUGCAUCAGUCCUUAACAAAAAAUGCCAAUUUGACUCAACAUCAAAAAAUCUAGUUGAAGCAAUGAGAAAAUAAAAGGGAGAGAGAGAAACACAUCAAAAUAUAUUGAAAAACAAACACAAACAAAAUACAAAUAUUCAUUGUUCUUCACAUUUUGCACACAAAAUGAAGCGAAGUUGCUAUCACAUUAACACAAGGGUGUGAGUGCUAAUAUAAAAAUGGAAGAUACUCUAUAUCAAAUAGCUCCGGCGCACGCUCGUGCAUCCAUGUCCAGCAGCUUAUAUGUGUGCGUGUCGGGUGACACACGUACUUGCUUCGUGUCACACAUACUUGUUGUCGGCUUUUGCAUGAUGGAAAUCAAAAAUUUUAGUUUUUUUUCGCUUUGCAUGACCGUGUCGCAGUCUGCAUGACAUGCAGGAGUGUCUCAGUUUGUGCUGUAUAACUGCUGCAGUUACAAGCAACAACAAACCAUCUUCCGAAGACGACAUAUUUACGUGCGCACGCUACGAACACUCAAUUCAAAUUCAAAACACAUAUAAGCUGCUGGACAUGCAUGCAUGAGCGCGUCCCGGAGUUAAAACAUUUGCUUAAAAAAAUUAAUGUGUGUCCCGAUACCAAAGUGAUGGUCGCACUCACUGUCUACAACUACGAUAAAUUCUAUUAAACCCUCUUUCCUUAUUCUUAUUGAGGCAUUAAUUUUAUAAUAUAUUUCAGUCUCAAUCACGGGAACGCAUGGAGUUUUGAGGGGUAACGUUCUCUGCUCGAAAAGGUUCGCAAUUGUCAAUAUCGUUCAAGUCCCGAAUCAGAGAUCUGUUUCAGUAGCGUAAGGUUUACCUGCAGGGCACACACUUGUAUAUAUAUAUACAAAUAUAUAUGAAAUCAAUGCCAAUGGCAUAAGAUUGGGCUGACAUAUAUACAUACGUAGUACGUGUGUACGUGUACAUAACAUAUAAAUAUAUAAAAAUGUAAAUAAUUUUCAAAAGCUCCCGCUCUUGAAACAUUUGCCAGUAAAAGUGCUCAACAUGUCGAAAAUUUAUCUUUUAUAUAUAAUAACGAAGAAAUGGUGAUAUUAUUAAGUAGUGAAUUUAUAAUUAAAAAACAUGAUCAUUUUUUUUUUGUCUAACUGCAAGCUGAAUUAAUUUUGAAUUUAAAUUGUCUCUAAGCUAAGAAAAAUAAUCAAACAUACCAAAAUAGAGUAGCAAAAAUUGUUAAACGCACAAAUUACGUACACAGAAAAUAUUUAUGUAUAUAGGAAAAAAACUGUAUUUGCAUAAUAAUUUAUUAAUGAAAGUGAAAUUUUUUUUCGUUUAUGCAGAUUUUUAUUUUUAACUACAAGCUAUUGUAUUUGAAUCGUUUUUUUUUUUCGUUUCUUUACUCCGAUUCUCAAAUGAUUUAAAGCACAAGCACAUAUACUUUUUAAUGUUUAUCUCAAACAGGUUUUAAGCAUAAAAAGAACUUAACAACUUCAACAUAUAUACGUAAUUAUGAGAGGCUGUAAACUUGAUUUAUUACAUAAAGCACCAACUUAGCAACUAGUUUUGAUUCUGAGGUAUAUUAUUUUAAAGUGAUACAAUUUACUUGUAGAGUUACAAAAUGUGCACGCAUACAUACAUACAUACGUAUGUAGGGCAAAAGAUGUGCUUGUAUGCAGUGGCGAAAGUUAAACAAAACGAUUUGUAUUGGUAACUUAAUUUUCAAUAAAGAGAUUGUAAAAAGGUGUA